AAAAUCUUCACAGCAAUCUGUUUUACUCACAGUGGAAAUGGCGCUAUGCGAAGCCGAAGCUUGAAGUUCUUUGGAAGCUUACAGGCUUGUCAUUUAACGCAAGCAACCCAGGGAGUUGAGUGUUGGAUUGGCUCCGAGCCGAUUAUGACGGGCGAUCAUCUAAACAUUAGCCAAGAAUAACGACACCUUCGUGGGUUCACUAUAAAAGCCGUCUGCAAGCAAAGCAGUGAGCGAUGCAUGAGCUGACAGCCCAGGUCACCAGCAGCCUGCUUCCUUUCCCUGCAGUGACCCUUGAGGCUCUGGGAGAGGAUGAGAUCACUCUGGACUCUGUGCUUCAUGGCAGGUUAACGACUGGCCGUGGAGGACAUGCUUGGCUUGCCUACGGCCCCCACCUGGAGUUUGUCCAUUCGCUGACUGGAGAGCGUCUGUCUGCAUACUGCUUUAGCGGUGGUGGGGAGCACCCGCCCAGUAUCCUCACAGCAAGGGACUUCAGCUGGCUCAAAAGGUCUGGAUUGCUGGUGGGCUUGGAGGAAACAGAAGGCAGUGUGCUAUGUCUCUAUGACUUGGGACUGUCAAGGGUGGCCAAAGCUAUGAUCAUACCAGGGAGGAUUACAGGUAUUGAACCAUUAGUGAGCUAUGGAGGUGCAAGCACCUCUACCCAUCACCUCCACCAGAGUCUUCGCUGGUUCUUUGGCAUUGCCGCAGUAGUAACAGAUCUGGGUCAUGUUUUGCUGGUGGACCUCUGUCUGGAUGACCUGUCCUGUAGCCAGAGUGAGCUGGAGGCCUCAGACUUGCAGGUAGUAACCAAAUCUCCAGGAGCGAUUCCCAAACUCAGAGAAGUAAGCAGCAGAGAGGGCAGACAUAUUUGCCUCCAGCUCAGUGGGCCCAGUGGUGUUGCAGCUACAGCUCUGCAGUACAUCCCCAGAACAAACCAACUGGCCGUGGGCUUCUCCGAUGGCUAUUUGCAGCUUUGGAACUUGAAGUCUCUCAGAAAAGAAUACCACUGUCAGUUAGAUGGUGGCAGGGUGCCCGUGCAUGCCUUCACCUUUCAGGAGCCUGAAAAUGACCCCAGGAACUGCUGUUACCUCUGGGCUGUCCAGUCUACUCAGGAUCAAGAGGGAGAUAUGGUCACUCUCCGCCUGCUUCAGCUGGCCUUCAGUGAGCGGAGGUGUCUAGCCUCAGGGAAGAUCCACUAUGAGGGUCUAGAGUACUGUGAGGAGCGUUUCAGUCACGAGCUAAGUGGUGCAGCUUUCCCACUCAGGGCGCAGACCACCAACACCCGUCUGCUGAGUUGUCAGACAAUCGAGAAAUUCCUACCCCACCCGGACCGGGAUGACAGCAUGAAUGAAGCUGCAUCCCCAGAUACCAGCGUGUCUAUCUUCAGCUGGCAAGUCAAGGCCUACGGUCAAGGAACGGCAUCCACCUCCAUUGGGGUCUUUGACAUCAACCGCUGGUACCAUGCUCAGAUGCCAGACUCAUUGAGAACAGGUGAGUCUCUGCAGAACUGUCCCUACCUUGCGGUGUGGUGUCUGGACCAAGUGAUGCAAAUGGCUUCUCAACACAUCCUGCUGGAUGUGGUGGUACAGGAUCACAGUCUCAGCAGAGGCCUGCCCUUAACUUUUCCACCACCAGAACAAUACUUUAAUCCAACCGCAUAUAACUUUGAUGCUACUUGCUUAUUCAACUCUGGGAUUGUGCAUUCAACCUGUUCUGGAUAUCAGAAAGAGACACUGAACUUUUUGAAGAAAGCUGCUCCUUGUUCCAGUGAUAUCAUCUCCAGCAGCUACUUGCGCUGCCUCAUGUCUGGGCUCUUGUCCUCUCGCCAAGCUGACGCACACAACUCCAGCCUCUCUCAGGAGGAGCAGCUGGAUGCUAUUCUGUCAACUGCCGUGGAGACCAGCUCUUUGGGACUGAUCACUGGUUGUAUCAAGCAGUGGACUGCUGAGGAACAACCAGGCUCUGCAUUAAAUCUGCGCUACAUCUUGGAUUGGGCUUGGAACAAAGUGAUCCAGACCAAGGAAGAACUGGAUGACAUCUGUGCACCGCUCUUUGACAGCUCAUCCAACUUCACAGACCCUCAGACCAUGCAGCUGCUGCAGCACAGCCAGAGACUGCUGGAGAACCUCAGUACCAUCUUCCACUGUAUGCUCACUGAGGCUCAGGAGCUCACUCAGAAAGGUCUAGUUGGUCUUAUCAACAAAAACAGGGUGUCCAGUCUGAUUUCCAAGUAUGCGGAAGUCGUCCUCUGGUUCUGUCGCACUGGCCUGCUGCCCGAAGGAUCAGAUGUGGAUGCCAUGCAGAUCUCCAGGCCUUUCUACAGUCACUCAGUCAUCAGCAACUACUACUCUAUUCGCAGGGAGGAGCUCACCACAAUGGCAAAGGGCAAGUGGUGUGCAGAUUGCCUGAUGAUUGACAGUUUGGUCGACCAAUGUGGAGACCGUUUAAUCAGCCUGUGGAAAAGGGAUGAUGUAGGAACAGGACAGUACCCACCACCUACCCUUCAUGCUUUGCUAGAUAUUUAUCUUCUGGAAAACGUUGAUGAAGCUUCAAAACAUGCAAUUGUGAUCUACCUGUUGCUGGAUGUUAUUUACUCCUUCCCCAAUAAGGAGGGCGCUUCAGUGACGUCUUUCCCCACUGCUUUUGCCAUCCCCAUUGGACUGGUCAAACUGGUACAAGGCCUCUGGCUGUUGGAUCAUCGUGACCAUCAGAGUUCAUUUGAGCUGCUCCUCCAUCCAGCGGCCUCUCAGUGUCACUUUGAGUGGCAGCAUGAGCGUGUCCUGCAAGCACUGAUGUGCCAGGGCCAACACUCACUGGCAUUGCGCUACUUUCAUGUCGCAAAACCUCUGAUAUCCUCCACCUCCCAGGCCAGGCUCUGCCUCUCUGUACUGCUACACAACAGGUGUCUCACUGAGGCAUGGUCAUUGCUACGGCAACACUCGAAUCAUCUCAAUGCAUCCGAGCUGCUGGGAUUCCUGUACGAGAGGUGCCAGGAGCUGGGCCUCAUUAAAGAGCUGCUUAAGCUGCCUCUGGGCCACACUGAACAGGAAACGUUGGAGAAGUUUCUUCAAGGCACAGGUGGUCUCCACAACAGAGAAAUACUCAUGGUUCAUUACCUUCAACAAUCCAACUACAUACCAGCCCUGCGACUCAACCACAGCCUCAAAAUGCACCUUGUGAACGAGCGAGACCCAAAACUUAAAGAGCGUUCCAACACCCGCAACUCUAUUUUGGAUCAGUAUGGCAAAGUUCUUCCCAGAGUGCAGAGGAAACUGGCAAUGGAGAGAGCCAAACCCUACCAACAUCCUAGCACCAUCCACAAAGAAGUGACUCGGCCACAGCCUCUGUCAGCCAUCAGCAAGCGUUCCACUAAUGAGAAGGUGAUGUCCAGGGCGGGCUUUAUCCACAAUGUUCUGACCAAGAUUGAGGAGGUGUGGUUGGGCAAAGGAGAUGCGCCGCAUUCCUCCCCUGCUAUGAGUCCAAGGACAGCUGGAUUCUUGAGUCCCGGGCUCAAGGCUGCAUCCCCUGCCCAACCAGAACCAUUCUUGGGAACGCCGAUCACAAUGAGCUCUAAACGAAAGUCAAGGCUAAUAGACCUGGUGGUUCAUCCCUCCUGUCAGAUUACUCAACCCUUGCUCAGUCCAGCCAGACCUUCUAGUGUUUGGGUCUCUCCAAAAAGCACCACUAAGGCCCCUGAAUUCAGCCUCUUACAAACGCCACAGGUUGUCAAGCGAGCUCGUGCCUUGGCUGCUUCCGGGCCUGUUUUCACAGCCUUUACCCCUCAGUCCAUUCUACGUAGCAGCCUGAGGCCCACCCCUGUGGCCACACCCUCCGCAUCUUCCGGGCGCUCCAUCACACCUCCACUCCGCAGCAAAGAGAGUCGGAUCACCUUUAGUGAAUUGACAGAUUCUCCUGAAGUCCAAACAGACAUCCACUUGACCAAUGGGGUGGCAGCAGAUGGUGAGAUUAGCUUACUAACAACUGAAGCCAGGCCGUCUAACACACGUAAGACCCAGUCCUCGCAACUUGCUGAUGAUGAGGAAGCAGAGCAGAUCCAUGUGAAGUUUAUGCCUCCUGAAGGUGGCAUUCACUCACCACAGCUUAGAUGCUCUGUGAGGCAAUCCUUCUUUACAGAAACAACCAAACCAUCGGACACGACUCGACAUAGUUUGAGCUUUGACACUAGCCAGACAUCCUUCCGGUCGACAGACACCACUCUGGAAUACUAUGAUACUCCUCUCUCAGGGGAUCAACAAGAGGAAAAAGAGCACAUCUGUACGGAGAGGGCAGAUGAUGUUGUGACAGUGAACAUCAAGUUCCCAACUGAUGAAGCAGAGCCAGAGCAGAACUCUUUACCAACAACUGAGCCCGCCCUUCUUCUGGUGUCAAAUGAUGCUGAUUGUCAAGACCAGGAGCUGAAGAAAGAUCAGACAUUUGAGGAAGCAGCACAGUGUAAAACAAAUGAACCAGACAAUGAAUCAAGCAGCAAACAAGAAGAUGCUGCCGUUAUUGAACAAGAGGAAACAUCCAGUCACAGUGGUCAUCUCUCCCCAGAGGCACAAUCUCUGCCACUAAGCACUGAGGAGGACCCAUCCCAGUCAGAGGUCGUGGAAUCCACAGCCUGCAUUACACACACAAACGCACGUGGAGAUGCUGAGUCCACAGCAUCCACACAUCAUCUGAACGCAUGUGAAGACACUGAAGCUGCAAACUUCAUUGAGCACAUGAAUGCAAGUGGGGACACUGAGUCCACAACAUUCACUGAGCAUGUGAAAGUAUGUGGAGACACUGAGGCCAAACCUGUACCAACAGAGAAUAUAGAGCAAUCUCCAGAUCUGACCGAAUUUGUGCAGCGACAUUUGUUUGGCAACGAUUUGACUCCUCUUCUGACACACUCUGGAGUCCAUGACUUAUCACCACCAACCCCAAGCACUGAGGUGCCAGGUGAUGUCAAAGAGGAUGAUGAGACUGCUCCUGAAGCUACACCUGAGCUCAUCAGCCAAAAAUCUCCUGUCUCAGUCCCAUUAUCAGAACCGACUGGCACGCAAUCCCAUGGUGACGAAGAUCUGACCGACUUUGUACAGCGACAUUUGUUUGGUGGUGACAUGUCUCCUCUGACCCGCUCUGGAAUUCAUCACUUACCACAAACAACCCCCAGCACUGAAGUGCAAGGUGAUGUCGAAACGGAUGAUGAAGCUGCUUUUGAAGCUCCACUUGUGUUCACCAGCCAAAAAUCCACCAGCUCUGUGACAUCCUCAGAGCCAACUGGCACAGACUCACACUCUGUUAUGAGUGUGAAUGAGGACAGCGAUGAAAUUUCCAUCUCUGAGUCUGAAGAAGAAGAGGAGGAAGAAGAAGAUGGGGUGGAAAAGGAAUCUGAGGAGGAGGACUCAGGCAGUGAGGUGGAAAUCAUUGAGGAGGUCCAGGGUAACGGAGGCCUCCCACCCAGCUCGGUCUUUGUACAGCAAGAACACGAUCACUUCUUACCAGCUUUGUCAGAGCAGGAUGCUGCAGCGUUUUCCCUCAUAACACCAGGCGUUGAAAUGAAGCUGGUCGGAGAGGAGAUGGGAGGCGAGGUGUUGAUGGUGAGACUCGGUGCUGAUACAGGAGUGAUGGAAGCGCUUGAGGAUGAAGGUCAAGGGUCAUCUUACAUGGAUCUUAAACCUUCAACCACUCUCCUGGUUCCUCUUGAGCUCGUGGACGGACAACAGGACGUGGUCGACAGUGUCCCAUUUGGACUGCCUGAGAUUCAUCAAACCGUCGUGUCUGACGACCAGAGGUGCGAAACUCACAGCGAUUUCUGUCUCAUGCUGGAUGUUGAAGAGGCCAAGGUUAAAGACGCAGCUGUGUUGCCAGUGGACGAUGAUCAGCAGUCAUCACAACCGGCUUCUCAUGAGUCGAUAUUAGUGGCUACUGAUGGCCUUGUGACAGAAGCAGAGGUUGUUAACCAGGGUGCUAUCAGGUUUGAUGAUGGAACACAGGAUGACGAGAUGGAAAUUGAGCCUGUGGUUGAGAAUGAAAUCAAUGGCCAAACUGACCUAGAGAACAAUUACACCGAGGAGGAACAGAAGGUGGAAGAGCCUCAAGAACAAAUAGAAGGACCUGGAGCAGCUCCAGAGGAGGAACCUGCAGAAGCUUUGGAGACAAAGGAUAGUCAAGAUUCUGUAGGACAAAAAGAUGCUGAGGAGAUGGAAGGAGAUGAGGGCAAAGCUGAAACUGUGCAGGAAGACAUUAAUACAAGUCUUGCAGAGACCCCCAACUCUUUGGAGGAACAUCAGCAGGAAGUCGACCACACAUCUUUAAAAAACGAACUGAGUAACAGGCUGGAAAGUCCAAGCAAGACCACAACUACUAGUGAAACAAGAAUUGAAGAUGUUGAAGAGACCAACACUGUGCAGCAAAAUGUAAGUUCAACCACCCAACCUGAAGAACAGCAUAGUGUCCCAGAGACACCAACUUCUCAGAAGAAGAAGACAGCCCAGUUCACCCCUACACAGAUGACGACACGAGCGAGGAGAACUGUCACCUUCAUGUCUCCCCUCCCAGAGGAGGCAGACAAAAACACAGUAGUUAUCCCUGCCUCGCCCAGUCGUACCCCUAGAAAAGCUAAAGGAACCAAAGUCCGAGCCGGCACACCUAGGAGGAGCACACGUAAAGCUCCAACUGAAAUUCCUCAAGUCCAGGAGGAAAGUCCUAAGAAGGUCCAUCAGGAGAAAGAUGUGGAUGAUGCUGCUGUAGCUUCAAAUACGUCUUUAGCUGUUUCUCCUUCCAGACGACGGGCUUCUCAGAGAGACGGUCCUUCAAGAAUCAGACAAAUGAGUGAAGGCAAAGAGCCUGGCAUCAUAAAGAAGGGAGAACAAGCAGAAGAGGUCAUGGAUAAAAUCCUUGCUCCAGACCCAACCACCAGGAGUUCCACCCCGGCCAAACGCAGGGCCACUCAGCCUAACACUCCAAGGAGAUCUAGCCGCAGAAACCUUAACAGCAGUGAGGUAGUGCCGCCAACUUUAGAGGUCUUAAAAGAGGAUGAGGAGGAGGAGGUUUCUUCCCUAACUGUCAAACACAGCACCAGAAAGACCAAAGUCAAACCAUCGGAAGAGGACAACAGAAAUUCAAGCUCAAGUAGAACGACGCGUCAAUCUAGGCGCAUGACUCUGAAUGACUAUCCACAGAGUGCAACAAAGAUGGAAGCGAGCAUCAGUGGAAACCUUAAAGUCAGCCAAGAUGAUGUGCAUGAGCCCAAACUGAACAGCACUGUGGGUCGCACAAGCCUGCGACGGACAACCAGGGGUAAAAUGUGGGACCACCCGGAGGAAGACCUCUUCCUACUGGCUUCGCCUCUAGAGGUGGAUUCCGAAACUCCUAUAGCAGACGCGCUAAUGAAGAGGCUCCAGGAUGAGAAGCGGGAAGGAGGAGUUGUCAGAAGGAUGUUGAGGACCAGAAGUACCAAAUCAACAGCGGAGUCCGACAAGGAUGGCCUGGCGGCAGAACCUGCAGACGACAUCAGCCCGGGAGAGCUUUCAUUUAUCUACUUGCCCUCACGGAGGAGAACAAGAGCCAGCAGAGCAGAGUCUCCAGGCCCCAGUGAAGAGUUUCCAAUGGCCGUCUCUCGCAACAAGGGAAGAAAUGUCAAAACCGUUUCAAAGGAAGAAUUGACUUCAGAAGAAGACCAGGUGGAAGAGGGGAAAGCAGCCGCUAAAACUAGAAAAACUGGAAAACUAACGGCUAAAGCCAAAGCUGCUUCACAGCCACCCCCCGUAGUCAAAGCUGAUGUGAUCUCACCGCUGCCCAGUCCAGCAGAUCCAGUCCCACGAGCACAGAAGAGGAUCAAGGAGGAGGACGCUCCAACCUCAAGUAUGAACCUCCGGCGUAAACGCAUAAUGGAAAGGGUUUUCACCAAACCUGUCACAAGGAGGAAGAAGGUCUGAGGGAGGGAACAGUGUGGUUAAACGCAGACAUCGGCUCCCCCUACAGGAUGGCAGAAUACAAGCAAUGUGGACAUACUGUAUCAGAGCUCAUUCUCUGCUGGAUCAUCAGAACAAAAAUAAAACACUUAUGAAGAACCAGAGAAGAAAGUAAUCUUGCCUUUUAGUACAGAGGCUUUAUUUACGUUCUCUUUUUAAGUUUGUGUGUUCCUAAUUUUAACAUUUUGGAAAACUGCUGGUAAAGCAACCAAUGUUUCUAACAAAGUGUAAAUAAUUAUUUUUUGUUUAUUUGUUCCAAAUAAAGAUAAUAAAGAAAUAUGCUGAUUUGGAGGGUUUGUGGCUCAUGCUAAUCACUGCUCUGGUCUUAAGGAUUUGAUGAAUCAGGCACAUGACGUUGAUGUUCACUGGUGCCAAAAUGUUUACUCUAAAUAUUGUACAGUGUGCAAAGAAAAAAAAACACACUUUGGAUUUGUUUGACUUGUUUUGAGACACAUUAAGCGUGUUCAUGGCUGAUACAUAGGCUAUUUUCUGAUGAAUGUCUUAUUUUUGAUGACUGCUCUUUGAUAAAUACAGUAAAGA